UUUAAUAAGAGUACUGAGAAAAGUACAGGAGUCGCAGGAUUGGAUUGGAUAGAUGGAUGUGCAGAGUGACUGAUUUGGGCCAUCCGCGGUAACGACGCAUGCAUUGCCUGUGCAUGCUAAUGGUGCGGCGAGUGAAGGAGGCACGGGAUGAAGGGACAUUGAAGAGCGGGGCAAGACGCAGUGAGCUAGCGCCAGAGAGGGAGAGCCAUGGCAUCUGUUUGUUCCCCACCCGAUCACCUGCUCGCCGUCUGUUGCUGUCACCGUGACUCGUUUGCAGUCAGGAAUGGCAGUGCCGUGCCGGUGAGUGUUAGAUUUUCGGAUUUCCAUCUUCGUGCGGGAGGAUGGCGCACUACAGGGCCAGGAGGAUCUGGAGUGGCUAGACAUUCUUCGAGACUUCGAAUUCGCUGCAGCGAGACGCAGAGCGCCGUCGUCUCAGCCCAGGUCACGGAGAGUACAAAGAUAGUUUGUGAGGUCUGCCGAGGUCUAGGAUUCUUCAUCUGUGAUUAUUGCAAUGGAGAAAAAGUAAAUGUUCCUGUGAAAAAUAGAAACAAUCGAUUUCACCGACGGUGUCCCACUUGUAGAGCUGUGGGAGUGCUCAUGUGUUCCCGAUGUAGAGUUUUCAAGUGCGUAUCGUUUCCUGAUGAACAUGAUGGAUCUCUCGAGAAGAAAAGAUAGUCACUGUUUUCAUCUGUACAUUAUGAUACAUAUCUAUUUAUCUCACGCACCAUCAAUGCAAAUCACCAAUAUCUUGAACUUCAGGAUUUCAGCUGAAGAUCAUGAGCAGAUGAUAAUGAUCUCCAUUUGCAGUUGUACAUGGAGAUCAUUAGCAUCAUUAAAAAAAAUUGAGAUCUUAGCACAUCCAGGCAAUCACAAAGCGACUGAGUAAUC